UGCUCGAGCGUCUGCGAAAGUUCGGAGCUCAAGGAAAGCCUGAAGAGGGGCGGAAGUGUUGCUCGGCGGAGGAUUUGGGGAGGGGACCGUCCUUGCUUGCGGCGGUGCCGUUGAGUCGCCGGGGAAUCAGGAGCAAGAGAAGGAAGCGGGAAGCCCAGGGCUGCGGAAGGGAGCGAGGCAGCGAUGGUUCGUUAUAAAGCGUACCGCCCAAUUGCCGCCAGGGCCAAGAAAAUCCGUGAAUAUUGGGCUCUGAAAAACCAACCUCGUGAUUCCCAGCGUUACGCCGUGGAUUAUGAGACGAUGAGCCGCUCCUUCACAGGCAAGCGCCUCCCUGUGCUGGCCUGGGAGGAUGUGAGGAAUGAGAACCGACUCUUUAUGCUGCUGUCCCAGUUGCGCCUCUUUGGUAUCGGGAGGAUGGUCACACGCAAAUCCUGGAUAUGGGAAUACGAUGAGCCUUGUUAUUGGGUCAUUACUAAAGUAAAGAUGGAUUAUACAGCUGAGAAAAUGGAACAUGGAAAGGCCUGGGGAUAUUUGACAUUUAGAGGCAAGACCGAAAGUGAAGUGAAGGAAAUAGACAAAGUAAUGUACCACGAUUGGCGGUUGGUACCGAAGCACGAGGAGGAGGCCUUUAAGAAAUUUACCCCUCCUGUGGAAGAGGAAAGUAUCCGAUAUGUUCUCUACCCACCACUGCUGCGGGCCAUGAUCCUUGCCCAGAGACAGAAAGAAGGUAAACUGACUGAAGAAGAGCCUAUGCUUGAUUUGGCGCAAAGGAUUCACGUCAUAAGAGAGUCCUCCGAAAAGCAAAAUGAAGGGACCCCGGUGUAAAGACUUUAGGACCUUGGUAUAGCUCUCUGGUUCUUAAAUUCUCUUGGUAUGAUCACACACCCCAACUUUCUUAUUAUGCCUUGCACUGAGAUGUUGCUGUGACAUAUGAUCCCGUAGAUCCUGUCACUGAGGCUUAGAGAUGUGGAGGGGUGGAGAAAAAAAAACAACCCCACCCACAAUAAGUACAAUUUUAGCAUAAUUUUGCUGUCAGAAUCUUCCAUUCACGUCCCCCAACUGUCCUGUCUUGUUUUUUAGAUUUAUUUUUAUUUCCCAUCUCCAUGUUUCUUCAUGUUGCUUUCUUAUCAGGUCCAAGGAGAGCAGAGGCCAUAAAUCCAUUUGUUUUAAUAAUGAGGCAAUGUAAAUGAAAGAGACUCCCAAUUAAACAAUAGAUUAGAGCAGAGCUCAGUCUGUGUCCUUCUAGUACAGUGCCAUCUUCCUUUCCCAAAUCCAGUCACGAUCUUAAAAUGUGCUGUUUUGUUAUGUAUGCCAAUUAAAAAAAAAAAUAGCCUCGGUCUGUUCUUUAAUAAAUGGCAUUGUUCUUUCA